AUGGCACCAAUCCCUCCGAAUUCUCGCGAUGAGCGACCCCAAGUAAAUUUGCGAGGAUUUCUCCUCGAAACGCUGCACGAAGCUAAACGCCCAAUCACCGAAAGACGCGCUCUACCUCCUUCUGACCUUGAUAUGGCACACGGACUGGUUGCUGCCGCCGCCUCCUCCUCCCCGAUGGAGGUUUCCCGUGUUCUCACAGCCCGGGCCGAAGAUAAUACCAAGUUCCAUCCUGGGGAGGGCGCAGUGGAUCCUGGCAACAUUAACAUGCAGGGUCUUCUUGCGCUGUUUGCGAUCAUCGGGGCCGCUUUCGUUCUAGCGGCUAUAUGGUUCUUUUUCUGGGCGAAGAAUGGUGGGUUCGUGUGGCGCGAGGGGGAUUGGGAGGAAUAUAAGUCUACCGUAUUACGUCGGAAAGAUUCGAACGGCCGCACGCUCACAAAUGCUUCGAAGAGCACGGAUCUAGGUGGUGGUAGUAUUGUGGGGAGAGGCUAUCGUGAUUAUGACGACCAUACGACGACGGUGGAUACGGAAACUGUAGCAACGGGCGAGAAACUGAGCCGAGGAAAGAGGCUGAAAGAGACUGCAAAACAGAAAUUACUAAGAAGACACAAAGACGAGCAAUGGGAAGGAAGUCAUGACGAAGACAUGCGUGCGUAUCGCCAUGAAAAGCCAGCGAGAGUAGGAGGGAUGAAUCGCGAGCCGGAAGGCACGUAUCAUAGCUCAGAGUAUACCGGCACGCUUGGGCAAAGGAGUGAAUGGACUCAGAGCGAAAUGGGUGAGACCCAUGGGGAGACUGCAACACGUUACGAUGCCGAGACCCGCUACGAUAUACCCGAUACCGACAGGGCACCAAAUAGAAAUGUAUCGGGCUUCUCGUUCACUGCUGGGGAGAAAGAUACCAUUAGCCACAUAACGGAAGAACACCAGCUUCGUGACUCGAUGCACCGCCGGGAUAGCCGUCGACAGAGCCGCUCCAGAAAUUCCCAGCGUCCACGUGGCCCACGACCCAGCACGGGUGCGCAUUCACGACACACUAGCCCCCGUAAACGCGAUCGGUCCGCGAUACCGGGUGGGUACACCACACCAUUGGACAUGUCAUCGAUCAGUGCAUCGGAAUACGUGUACGAUCAGCUCGAAGGCUGCGAUGCGGGUGUUAAGACGUACCAUCGUCCCAUCCCGGGUUUAAGCAAGGGAUAUAGACGCGCAGGAAGUGGCAGGGGAGGGCGGAGAGAUAGUUUGAGUGACAGUGAAGGGGAUGAUUAUGAUAGUCGAUUGUCUUGA